AUGUCAACUUCAGGGCGCACAGACGACAUGGACACCAUGUCCAAGGUGGAACCGUCCAAUGGGCACAGCAGGCCGCUGGACAUCGUGCCCAGCACAGAGGAGAAGAUGACAGACAGGGGUCAGUGGGGCAACAAGCUGGAGUUUGUUCUGUCAGUGGCUGGAGAAAUUAUUGGCCUGGGGAAUGUCUGGCGUUUCCCGUAUCUGUGUUAUAAGAACGGAGGAGGUGCCUUCUUCAUCCCGUACCUCAUCUUCCUGUUUGCUUGUGGAAUCCCAGUCUUCUUCCUGGAGACGUCUCUGGGUCAGUACACCAGUGAGGGAGGCAUCACCUGCUGGAGGAAGAUCUGCCCGUUGUUUGAAGGGGUGGGUUAUGCCACGCAGGUGAUCGUUGGUCUGCUGAACAUCUACUACAUCAUUGUGCUAGCCUGGGCCAUCUUCUUCCUGUCCAACUCCUUCACCUGGGAUCUGCCCUGGGCCUCAUGCAACAACACCUGGAACACAGAUUCCUGUAUGGCAUUUCAGAGGGGUAAUAGCUCCAUCAAUCACCAUGAGAACACCACCUCUCCUGUCAUUGAGUUCUGGGAGCGAAGAGUGCUGAGAAUCUCCUCAGGUAUUGAUCACAUCGGCUCUUUGAAUUGGGACCUGGUUAUCUGUCUGGUUGUUGCUUGGGUCAUCUGCUACUUCUGCAUCUGGAAGGGAGUCAAAUCAACUGGCAAGGUGGUUUACUUCACAGCCACCUUCCCUUAUGCUAUGCUGCUGAUCCUGCUGAUCAGAGGGGUCACCCUGCCAGGAGCCUCCAGGGGAAUCCACUUCUACCUCUACCCCGACCUGGGACGGCUGUCUGACCCACAGGUUUGGAUGGACGCUGGGACUCAGAUCUUUUUCUCCUAUGCCAUCUGCCUGGGUUGCCUCACCGCUCUCGGAAGCUACAACAAAUACAACAACAACUGCUACAAGGAUUGCCUGUCCCUCUGUUUUCUGAACAGUGGCACCAGCUUUAUUGCAGGUUUUGCCAUCUUCUCCAUCCUGGGCUUUAUGUCCUACGAGCAGAACGUGCCCAUCUCAGAAGUGGCUGAAUCUGGUCCAGGUUUGGCCUUCAUAGCCUACCCCCGCGCUGUGUCCAUGAUGCCUUUCUCCCCUCUGUGGGCCUGCUGCUUCUUCAUUAUGAUUGUCUUUCUGGGACUGGACAGCCAAUUCGUGUGCGUGGAGAGCCUGGUGACAGCCAUGGUGGACAUGUAUCCCUCCACCUUCCGGCGUAAAAACCGCAGGGAGCUCUUCAUCCUGGCAGUGGCUGUGGUGUCCUUCCUCAUGGGGCUCAUCAUGCUGACAGAGGGAGGCAUGUACGUCUUCCAGCUCUUUGACUACUAUGCAGCCAGUGGGAUGUGCCUGCUCUUCGUUGCUAUUUUUGAGACUGUUUGCAUUGCUUGGAUUUAUGGUGCCGACCGUUUCUAUGACAACAUAGAGGACAUGAUUGGCUAUCGCCCCAGCCCUGUCAUCAAAUACUGCUGGCUUUUCUUCACCCCUGCCACAUGCUUUGGAACCUUUGCUUUCGCCUUGAUCAAGUACUCACCUCUGAAGUACAACAAUGAAUACGUAUACCCAUGGUGGGGCAAUGGCAUAGGCUGGAUCCUGGCCCUGUCCUCCAUGCUGUGUAUCCCUGUGUGGGCAGCGGUGAAGCUGUACUACACCCCUGGGACACUAAGAGAGCGCCUUGUUCUCUUGACCACUCCGUCCACGGAGUUACCGAAGACGAAGCAGGAACAGGAGAGGCUGCUGGCCAUCUUCGCAGCAGACGGCGACAGCCUCCAGCAGAAAUCGCCUCCCACGAAGGACGGCUACUUCCCCAUCGACGAAAAGGAGUCUCACUGCUAG